CCCCGAUUCAUAUAAUUAACCCCUUCUUUAGGAGCAAGGAAACCAAAACACAUUUUCAAAGAAGCGCAUAAAAGGAGUUGAUUAUGCAAUCCAAUCUAUUGGCAUUUUCUAUUUUCUCUAAUUAAAACUAGUGAAAUCAUGGUGCUUGAGGCGACAAUAAUCUGUAUCGAUAAUUCUGAGUGGAUGCGGAACGGCGACUACUUCCCCAAUCGAUUCCAGGCUCAAGCUGACGUUGUUAAUCUCAUCUGUGGCGCAAAAACUCAGUCAAAUCCAGAGAAUACAGUUGGAGUAUUAACAAUGGCAGGAGAAGGGGUUCGAGUAUUGGUCACACCAACUAGCGAUCUUGGAAAGAUCCUAGCUUGCAUGCACGGUCUGGAAAUUGGCAGUGAGAUGAACUUGGCAGCAGGGAUCCAGGUGGCGCAGCUGGCUCUCAAGCAUCGCCAAAACAAAAAACAACAACAAAGGAUUAUUGUAUUUGCUGGCGGUCCUGUGAAAUAUGACAAGAAGGUGUUGGAGAUGAUUGGAAGGAAAUUGAAGAAGAACAGCGUUGCUCUUGACGUUGUUAACUUUGGUGAGGAAGAUAAGGGGAAGGCCGAGAAGCUUGAGGCACUGGUUGCUGCUGUGAAUAAUAAUGAUAGCAGUCAUGUUGUGCAUGUUCCUCCUGGUCCAAGUGCUCUUUCUGAUGUGCUCAUAAGUACACCUAUUUUUACUGGUGAUGGACAGGGGGGAAGUAGUUUUGCUGCAGCUGGUGGAGUAUCUGGUUUUGAAUUUGGAGUGGAUCCGAACCUGGAUCCUGAACUUGCUCUUGCGCUUCGAGUUUCAAUGGAAGAGGAGAGGGCUAAGCAAGAAGCAGCUGCAAAGAAGGCUGCAGAAGAAGCUGCAAAGCAGGAAAGUGGUGAACAUUCUGCAUCAAAGGAUGCUACCAUAUCUGAAAAUGCGAACACUGGAAUGACUGAACCUGAAAACAAGACAAAAGACCAAAUGGAUGAUGAAAAUGCAUUGUUACGACAGGCUCUUGCAAUGUCUAUGGGUGAUUCUUCCUCUGCUGUUGCUACACGGGAUACCGAAAUGUCAGAAGCAGCUACUGAUGAUCACGAUUUGCAGCUUGCCGUUCAAUUGUCCGUGCAGGAGGGUACAAAAGACCAAUCAAACCAGACAGAUAUGAAUAAGCUGUUGGCAGACCAGUCUUUUGUGUCCUCUAUCCUGGCUUCGCUUCCAGGAGUUGAUCCAAAUGAUCCCUCUAUCAAAGAUUUGCUUGCUUCCUCGCAAAGUCAGGCUGAGUCCCAGCAGAGUAAGGAUGAAGAUGAAGCACCAAAAGAAGAAGAAAAGAAGUGAUGAUGGAUUGGUUGAUAUCCACUGUCAGCUGUAGUUUCUUGCUCACUAAUUUCGUGUUUAGGAGAAAUUUAUUGGAAUUGCUUAUAUGUCUUGAUAUUUAACUUCUUCCUCGUCUUUCACACCGAUGAAGUAUUACUAGUCAUGCUGUUUUGUGAUUAUAUAUUAAAUUCAAUAGUAUUUUUUGCGAAGCAGAUUAAGCAGUGCCUUCCUGAGUUAUUUGUGCAGUUUGAUUUGCAGGAUGGGGAUAAUGUUGUCAAAGGGGAUUGUAACAUGGACGCAUGACCAUUCUUUUACUA